AUGGUGUGCGCUGCUGACACUGAUGCAUACCAGAAAAAACUCGACCAUCUUCGAGUUCAUAUUUUUCUUUCUGGAUUGGAUCCCGAAUUUGAUCAAGUCUGUAGUGAAAUCCUCCGCAAAGAACCUAAACUGGAUCUCGACCAAAGUUCUGCUUAUGUUCGCCAUGAUGCACAACAACGCGCCAAUUUUAUUAGUGCUGCCACCUCUCUUGAUGCUACUGUCAUGGUGGCUCAACGUUCCAAGGGACCACCUUCAUCUCAUGGGAGUUCCUCAACCCAGGGGGUGAAGGACAAACUAGUUUUCAAGUGCACUCAUUGUGGUGGUUCAAAGCACACUCGUGAACAUUGUUAUGACUUAGUUGGCUUUCCAUCUUGGUGGGAUCAUUCUAAGAAUAAAAGAAGUGGUCAUAAGGCACUCCAAGCCUCUGCUACUCCAGAUACCCCCCUGUAA